UUACACAAGGAAACCUCAUCCUUUUAUCUCAUUAUCCUGAAAACAGAACGAGUGGCUGCCUUCUUCCUUGAUACAAUGGUGUAAGGGUGUGCAAUGGGUUCAAUAGCACAAAGUGUUUUAAUGGCACUGACUGUAACAGUCAACCAGUUUGCUCCUUCAAACGUGCAUGCAGUUCAUAGGAAACAAGGCAAAACGCCAUCCCCCACUUCUAAACCAAGACCAACCAAUACAACAACAAUUACAGCCGCCGCAGCAAACGUUGGUUUCACCGGAAUUGCAAGGAGAGGUCUCAUUUUAUCCGCCGUCGAUUUCGCUCCUCAACUCAAUGAUUCCAGAACCGAGCUUCUCAAAAAGUACUUGAAGAAAACAGAGGAAAACAAAGACAAGAAUGACAAAGAGCGAAUGGAGAAUUAUUACAGGCGAAACUACAAGGAUUACUUUGAAUUCGUUGAAGGGACAUUGAAAGGGAAGGACGAGCAGCAGCUAAGUGAAGCAGAAAAAGAAUUAUCAACGAAACGCCAUGGUUGUCCUCUUCAUCAACCCAUGUACCUCUCAGAGUCAGCUGUUCUUCUUCUGCUAGCAAACGUGUUCCCAAAUCGAGGAAAGCUCGUCUCCUUUAAGGAACCGAGGAUCGUAGCUUGUGCCCUUCUUCUUUGUAUGCACCGCUGCCUUUGCCUACUUUGUAAUUCUUUGCCAAUCAGGUUGAAAACCUUCACCACUCCUUCUGGGUUAAGAAUUGCCAGGAACACAUAA